UUUUCUCGAACUCCGUCGCACAACACAAUCUCUCUCCUCCGAGAUUUGUUCUUUCCUAUUAUUUUAUUAUUAAAUUUGAAUUCAAAGCAUUUCUUUGAUUUCUUUCCCCUUCUUCGCUGUAACUUCCCUCUUUUUGCCCUUUUAUAUAUAAAAAAACAUAUAAAUAUAUAUAUAUAUAUAUUUUUAUUCAAAUAUUUGUGCAUGUUUGGCUGCCAAGAAAGCCCCGGGCAAGAAAAGAAAAUGGGAGAAAUGGAGGUCUAUACUCUAUGUUUGAAUUUAGUAAUGCCAAAAUCUUCCUUUUUACUGUUCACUAUAUUUCUCAGGAGCAUAACCGAGAUUCGGUGAUUUGAAUGCCUGUUGAAGAACAAAAAAACCACUAUUUGGAAUGGCAGCCAUAUUGCUAGUAGGUCAACCAUUGUUGCUCUUUUAGCUCAUCAGAAAUCUGAGCCUUGAAGGGCGUGAGUCUUUCAGCUAAAUAUCAAGAUGAAGGCCAAUGCACAUGUAAAAAGUAGAGGACCGGUUAGAAUAAAUGCACAACAAGUGGUUUUUGAGCUUAAACAUAAAGUUGUUAUUGCGCUGAACAAGCUCGCAGAUAGGGAUACUUACCAGGUUGGGGUGGAUGAGCUUGAGAAGACAGCUGAAUGUUUAUCCCCAGAUGGAAUUGCUCCAUUUCUAUCCUGUAUAUUGGAUACUGACUCAGAACAGAAAAGCGCUGUCCGAAAGGAAUGCAUUAGAUUGAUGGGUUCCCUAGUACGAUACCAUGAGGGGCUUAUGGGGCCACAUCUUGGUAAAAUGAUUGCAAGCAUUGUCAAGCGCCUCAAGGACCCGGAUUCUGUUGUGAGAGAUGCUUGUGUUGAAACAGUAGGGGCUUUGGCUUCAAGAUUGAGCAAUGGUGGGGGUGAGGAUGAUGGGGUGUUUGUUGGGCUAGUAAGGCCACUUUUUGAAGCUCUAGGUGAACAAAAUAAGCAGGUGCAAUCUGGUUCGGCAUUAUGCCUGGCGAGGGUAAUUGACAAUACUCGGGAUCCUCCAGUUUCAAUUCUGCAGCGGAUGUUAAUUAGAACUACAAAGUUGCUGAAGAACCCGCACUUUAUGGCAAAACCAGCAGUUAUUGAGUUGAAUAGAAGUAUCAUACAGGCAGGGGGAGCCCCAACACGAAAUGUACUCUCUGCUGCAAUGGCUAGCAUUCAAGAAUCUCUCAAAAACAGUGACUGGUCAACACGCAAAGCUGCUUCUGUAGCAUUAGGAGAAAUAGCAUCAAGUGGUGGAUCAUUUUUGGGAUCUUUUAAGCCUUCCUGUAUUCGUUCCCUUGAAUCGUGUCGUUUUGACAAGGUCAAACCGGUUAGGGACACUGUACUCCAGGCCCUACGGUGCUGGAGAACUCUUCCUGGGCCUGAUACUCCUGAACCCUCAGAAGCUGGAUCUUCCAUAAAAGAAAAUUUCUGUGGAGGUGACUAUGGUGAUCUUACCAGUGCCACAGAAUCUGGACGGAAGGAUGUAACACUGAAGAAAGUAGGUAAUAACUCAACAAAGGGCAGAAUUCCUUUGUCUACCAGAAAAGCAUGUCAGAAUUAUGCAGAAAAUCCUCAACUCUCAAAAGAAGAUGAUUGGAAUGUAGAAAUUGCUGUUCCAAAAACACAUAAUGUUUCUUUGGCAGAAUUUAACAAUGAAGAAUCUGAGGGUAGUUCUAUUACAAAGACUUUAGAAAGAGUGAGUACUGAUAUUGCAAGCCUGCAGGAUAUUGGAUAUGAAUAUGUGCAUAUGGACGACAAACAAGAGUGUUCUUCUGUUUCCAAUCUUGUAACUGAUAACUAUGAGACAAAGUUUGUGACAGUUUCACAUGAUGGUCUGAAGGAGGGUGUUUUGUCAAAGCCAAUGGAAGGAGAUCAGCAGUUUUUACCUGAAGAGAUUGGUAGCGGGGAACAAAUGUACCUUAGAAAGAUGCGGGAUCGAAGGAGUCUUGAUUCAACUGUGACAGAGUCUGUUUCCCAAACUUCACAUGGAUGUUGUUCACAGAUUGCCAAUGAAAUGGUUUGCAUUCGAAAACAACUUUUGCUGAUUGAAAACAAACAGUCAAACUUAAUGGAUCUUUUACAGGUGUUUACGACUGGAAUUAUGGAUAGCUUGUCUAUGAUGCAAUCAAGGGUGGCAGGUUUGGAAAAUGUGGUAGAUAGAGUAACUCAGGACCUGUUACAGAGGGAGGAAUAUUCCAGUGUAGCAACCUCCAAAUUCAUAAAGCAAAACCAGAGUCUGCAUUCUCCCAGAAUCUCUACAUGCACUCCUAGACCAUCGGUAGAUAUUCGCAGUAGACAGCCUUCAUUGUUGUCUGCGAAAAGGACUGAUAUUUGGGAGGAAAAUACAUUUGACAGGAGCAUAGCAAACAAUUCUACCAAACGGGAUAAAGAUAUGUGGACUAGUACUAAGGCAAAGACGGCUAGGAAUCCUAUGGGACCCAUCCCUAAAAGUUCUAGACUGGGAACACAGAAGAUGGGCUAUAGUCAGAUAAGGAGUGAUCCUCUCUUUGGCUCAGCUUCAAGUACUAAUGCCAGACAAAGUGGUUUAGAAAGUAAGAAUGGCCUGUGGAAACGUUUGAAGGGUUUUCUAUGUGAAGGGGACCUGGACUCUGCAUAUAUGGAAGCUCUGUGUUCAGGUGAUGAGAUUGCUCUUGUGGAACUCCUUGACAGAACUGGUCCUGUGCUAGAAUAUUUGUCAUCCAAAACUGUCAAUGACCUUCUCAGUGCUUUAAUAUCAUAUCUUGUAGAACAAAGAUUUGUCAAUUCCAUACUCCCUUGGUUGCAGCAGGUGGUUGAAUUGAGCAAUAGUCAUGGUGCAAACUACCCAGUUGUUUCAGCAAAAGCAAGGCAAAAUUUGUUAAGUGGGAUUGAGGAGGCUAUGAACAUGGAGUUGUGUAAUCCAGUGGAGAGAAGAUGUGUUACUCAAAUAGCAGUGAAGUUGCAUAAUGUAUGGGGUGGUAAGGAUAAUCCACUUUCACUCUCUACUCAUUGAUAUCGUCUAGUUAAAUCUAGUGAGACUGCAAAUUGAAAAUUUUCAAUGUAAAGAACAAUAUGAGUUUGACAACGUUUGUAGGAAGAUGUGCGUGAUGAAAACCAAGGCAGAUUAGAAGAUGAUGGUAUCCGUACUUGGAGCUGGCCAAGUAAUAAAAGAUGUAUUUUGUAGCAGCAGUGUUUGUGUUUUCAUUCUGACUUGUUUCAUGUUCAGCCUUCAGAAAAAAAUAUAUUCAUUGGAAUGUCUUAAUACUUUGUAUGCUGCGUUGCUAUAUUUGACUAAAUUUUAGUGCCAAGUUUGGUCGUC